CAGCGAAAACAACACGGUGUUAUUUAGAAGUUUACCCACGCUCAAGCAUUUAGACCCACACGGCGAAGGCACGGCUCCCAACCCCCGCCAUCAUCAAUGUUCAUCUCAUAAAUAUAUUUUAAAUUUCCAUUUUUAAGUAAUUAAAGCUUUUAAAAUCACCAGGCUUUUGUAAUUUGUACACCAUCUCCUCCUUUUCUCCUAAGUCUAAUAUAUCAUUUAAAAGAAAAAAGAAAAGAAAUUGUUUCCUCUUCUCUGGAUUUCAGUUCGCCCAUUUUCUUCUGGUUCUUGUUGUUUUGAAUUUUUCCUUUGUUUUAUAAAUCGAAUCCGAAGAUGGGUUCUUGUUCUUUUCUUCUUUUGUUGUUCUAUAUAACUGCUACUUGUUCAAUACGCUGCGUUUUGGGUUCUCCAAUUUGCUCCCAUGAAGCUGAUGUGUUCAUUGAAAACCUUCGAUUUCAAUGCUCUACUUCGUUAUCUCCAAUCCCCCCUCUCGAGGUGGAUGGAAACUUCCUGGACAGAGCAUUGACUUCCAAACAGAGAAAUGGUCACGUUUCCGUGCUCCUUUAUGGUUCUUGGUGCCCAUUUUCACGAAGAUUGCGUCCGAAAUUUGACUUUAUCGGUUCCAUGUUUCCUCAGUUGGAGCAUCUGGCAGUUGAGGAGUCUUCAGCUUCACCAAGUAUAUUUUCAAGAUACGGAAUUUAUAGUUUGCCAUCAAUUCUAAUUGUCAACCAGACAUCAAGGGUACAAUAUCGUGGUCCAAAAGAUCUCCCUUCAAUAGAACAAUUUUAUGAGAAAAUAACAGGAUUUGAACCAUUUCAAUACGUUGCUGAGCACAAACUGGUUACAUCCGGAGACCACAAUAACCAUAUGAAGCAGUCAUGGAACGAGCCAUUCUCAAUGGAGAUAGUGAAAAGGGAGCCCUACUUAGUGUUUUCCAUUUUGUUUCUUUGUAUGAAACUACUUCUAUCAAUAUUCCCUAUAGUACUAUCACGUCUUGAAACAUUCUGGGUUUCAUAUGCUCCGCACUUGAACUUAGAAAUAUUCGGCGAGACGAAUCAGUUGUUUGCACGAGCCCUUCACAUGGUUGAUGUGAGGAGAGUUUGGACCAAACUAAGACUAUGCAAAACCCGGAAUUUUCAUCAGGGUGCAGAAAGCGCCCGUGUUUGGGCUUCUUCACUGGCUUCGGUCUCUUUAGGCAAAUCUUCUUCAGGUAGAUCCUCAUCCUCACCUUAGGUUGUUGGAAUUUUAUCUAACUGAACUUAAAUGUAGAGAAGGGAUUCAGUGAUCGGAUAGUGUGUUACGAACCGCUGCGAUCCCUUGGGAUGAUUAGUCAGACACGCACACGCACACGCACGCGCACGCAUACACGAAACCUAAUGCUUGUUUGAGUUGUGGGUUUAAUUUUUGGGAGGAAACCAACUAGUUAGCAUGUAGGUAAUAUCUGAGAAUCAGCUUUUUGUUUGGAAAUUGUGUGUAUAUAUUUGUUUUUUGGAGGAACAUCUUUUACUUUACACAUUUGUGGAAUGUAAGCUUUUACUCGAAAAA